AUGGCCGCCAACAUGGUGUCCAGGCUGCAAACCGUUGUCUCCCGGGUUGUAUCACCCCGGGAUACUGCCGUGCUCACAGUAGCCAUUAUGGAGAAGCAUAUCGGGAACAUCGUACAGCACGAAGUGAAUGCUUCCAUUCUCCCCGAUGACCGUGAUAUAUGCCCUCCUUCCCCUAGCGGCCAGGACGAUGAGUGCGGGCCGAAUCCAUAA